AUGAGCACAAUGAAUAAAAUCCUAGAUGGUCUAUGGCUAGGAGACAUGGCUGGGGCCUAUAAUAAGACUACACUUAGAAAAAACGGAAUUACGCAUAUUCUUACAGUGGCUGAAGGAAUAGCACCUAAAUAUCCAUCGCUAUUUCAAUAUAAAUAGAUUCACAUACUCGAUUCACCAUCUGCCAAUCUCCAUUAGCAUUUUUCAAGCUGCCUUUCUUUUAUCAAUGAGGCGAUAAGUGCUUCUGGAGUAGUAUUAGUCCACUGUUUUGCUGGAGUAUCUAGAAGUGCUACUAUUGUUAUUGCAUAUCUAAUGCAAGAGCAUGGUAUGGGCUACAAUGAGGCUUCUCAGUUUGUGAAAAAGUAGAGAUAUUUUAUCUGCCCUAACGAUGGCUUUAAGAGACAGCUAUAAUAGUUUGCAAGGGAGCUAAAAAAGUUAAGAAAAAAUCAAGGGGUUUCGGAAAGUUAAUAAAAUAUGGCAGGUAUGAGUAAGAUGCUUAGAGCUGAAGAAUCAAAGGAGAGGGUAGUUUAUAAAGAUAAUUUGGGAAGUACUGAGGGAUUAAAUAAUGGAUAUGGAGGUGUGACUGGACUGUUCAUCGAUGGCAGGAUUGGAAUGAUGAAUAAUACUGCAGGUCCAACUGGCUAUUCAGGUCCCAAAAUGCUUGGAUUUAGUGGAAAUCCAGUAAAAUUCAGUUAAUCAUUUAAAAAGCAUAUAAAGAGUAAUGCCUCAUAAUAAUCUGUCUUAACAUAGUUCUCGAAGUCAAGUGGCUUCAAUACUUUGAAAACAAUGACUGUAGAUUCUAGAGUUCAAAAGGCGAACUUGCCUAGAAAUAAUUCUUAAACAAAGAAUUAAAGAGUAAUGCAAGGUUCACCUUAACCUUAGUCGAGGUCUUAAUUCACUAUGGAAUUAUAAAAAGGCUUCCCAUAGAUAGGUAGCCAACUUCAAAUGAAAUAUCAGAUGAAGCAGUCACCAUAUUUGUAAUUCACUGGGCAAUAAAGCGUUACUAAACCAGUAAUAAAAGGCAUAAGGAGUUUAAGUGUAGCCUAGUAAUAAUAGCUCAAUCAUACUCCUGAUAAGUUUCAGACUCAGUAGUAAUCUCAUAAUUUUGGCAUUGUCAAAAUAUGA